AAACCAAAGGAAGAGAGAGAUAUUAUGACUUGAGUUCAUAUAAGAUUGAACCAACCCCUUCUCAUAUAUAUCUCUCCUAUUUAUUAGUAGAAAUUACAAGUCCAUCAAAAGCAUCAAACCCACAAAAGAUUCAUAUCCCCCUCUUAGGAUGGAAGCUGAUGUUGUAAUUAUUGUUAGUUCUGAGGGAUAUGUUAUAAUAUAAUAGUUUGGGUUUCUCUGUCUUUUUCUCCAUAAUCACUUAGAUAGGUUUAAUCACAAGUUGUCGUGUUUUUGUUUUGGAUUGAUGGGCACAAUGAAUCUGGUCGUGGUUUUGAUGGUGCUUCUCUUUGGCAAGUUUUGCAUGGCGGAUGCCAAUGUGGUCUUGAUUGGGAACAACGUCACCCUCGCUUUCGAGGACGUUGAAGCUAAUUUUGCUCCGGCAGUUAGGGCUUCUGGGCAGUGUGGAGUGUUGUAUUUGGCUGAGCCGAUUGAUGCAUGCUCGACAUUGACUAAUAAAGCCCGACGGGGCACGAAUUAUAGCUCCCCUUUUGUGUUGAUUAUAAGAGGAGGGGGUUGCAGUUUUGAGGAGAAAGUUAGAAGAGCUCAAGAUGCUGGGUUCAAAGCUGCAAUUGUCUAUGACAAUGAAGACGACGGCGCCUUGGUUUCAAUGGCAGGAAGUUCAGCUGGUAUAAAAAUACAUGCAGUUUUUGUUUCAAAAGCUUCUGGUGAAAUUCUCAAAAUGUACACUGGACUCACUAACAUGGAGGUGUGGCUAAUUGCAAGCUUUGAGAACUCAGCAUGGUCAAUCAUGGCAAUCUCCUUCAUUUCCUUGCUCGCCAUGUCUGCAGUAUUGGCUACUUGCUUUUUCGUUCGCAGACAUCGCAUAAGACGAGAAAGGCCUCAAGCUUCUCGGGUCCGAGAAUUUCAUGGGAUGAGCAGUAGAUUAGUAAAAGCAAUGCCAAGUUUGAUAUUUACUGCCGUUUUAGAGGACAACUGCACUUCAGUAACAUGUGCAAUAUGCCUUGAGGACUACAGUGUUGGAGAGAAACUUAGGAUUCUGCCGUGUUGUCACAAGUUUCAUGCUGUCUGUGUGGACUCUUGGCUUACUUCAUGGAGAACCUUUUGCCCAGUUUGCAAGCGUGAUGCAAGAGCCAACAUGAGUGAUCUACCAGCUUCGGAAUCGACACCAUUGCUUUCACCCGGCCCAUCCUCUGUGGCCUCCUCUGUACUGUCAUCUAGGAGAUCAUCACUAGCAUCAUCUUCAGCCAUUCAGAUAGUACCAGAAUCAUCAAGGUCUCCUUAUGUUUCUCAUCCUCACUCUCUUUCUAGCACAUACAUCCAGCAGUCUCUUAGGUCCUCCUUCCGCCAGUCCCCUUCUAUGAGUGUAAGCCGAAGCUCAGUAGACCUGCGGAAUUCCCCAUCCCAAAGGUCUCAUGCUUCCUAUUAUAUUUCUCCCCACUCCUCGUACUACCCAUCUUUAUCACCACUGAACUCGAGAUAUCUGACUGUACCCAUUCCAAGCGCAAGCAAUGCUUCACCAAGUUUCUUGAGUUCUUCCAGUCAUCAACAGCAUCCACUACAUUGUAGUGAGUCAGCAGCAACCUUUUCUCCUUUUGCUUCUGCUCAUUCUCUUCCUGAAUGCUGAUUCCAAAUUGACCAUAUAGUUUUCCUCGGGUACAUGCUGCCAAGUUAUAAGAGAGAGGUAAAUGAAGAUGUUUUCACCACUUUUGACUUCAAAUCACUAGUUGCAAUAUCAUGAUUGGGCUCAUCUCAUGUGGAUGCUUGCCAUCUGAUCGAUAUGCCUGAGAAAUGUGUCUUCAUGCCACCUCACAUGUAUAUUAUAGCAUAAGGUUGUCUAUAAUUCUGAUUUGCAAAACUGUAUAUGGGGUUCAGCAUCUAACAUUUAUCGUGUGAGAAAGUCAAAGACUGCAUUCUGUGCUGUAUUGUGAUCAAUAUUUGCGUUUGAUUUUGGCAUUGGUGAGAUAUUAUUGACCACGACUUUGAGCUGUGUACAAAUAAAGCUUAAUGGAAAUGCUAGUUUUUGCUUGA